AUGACCACUUCCCCCACAACUCUCGAUGUCCAGGAAGGACUCUCGUCUGUACUCAUCGACCAGAUAACAGGCGAGGGAGGGUCAGAAACGUCCAAGGUUCAUCUGGGCCGUACAUUGAUCAUCUGCUUCGAUGGGACGGCAAAUGAGUAUGACGAUACGAACACUAACAUCGUUCGUCUCUUCUCGUGCCUCGAGAAAUCUCACCCGAAACAGUUGGUGUACUAUCAGACUGGCAUUGGGACAUACACUACGACUCGAUACAGCACAUCUAUUGGCCAGUGGAUAUCUAAAGCAAUCGAUCAAGGCAUCGCGUUGCACCUUGAGGACCAUGUCUGUGGAGGAUAUCGAUUUCUUCAGUCGAAUUGGAAGCAGGGUGACAAAAUCUGCAUUUUUGGCUUUUCCAGAGGUGCAUACACUGCUAGAGCUCUAGCUGGGAUGCUACAUGCAGUUGGGCUUUUGCCACCCUCGAUGCCCGAACAAGUCCAAUUCGCCUACAAGCUUUACAAGAACUUGGGUAGAGGUAAUGUUGUCAGUGGCGAUCCCGGUCGGAACUACAAACGUGACUUCUGUCGUGCCGUCACUGUUGACUUCCUCGGAGUUUGGGAUACUGUUGCAUCUGUUGGCAUUCUUGUCUCGCGUGCGCUGCCCUUCUCCCAAAGUAAUAGUUCCGUCAAAGUUUUUAGGCAUGCACUGGCUCUGGAUGAGAGACGAGCCAAGUUCAUUCCUUCGCCGUGGAAACUUUCGGGAGCAAAAAAACAACGCAAAGAUGGGGGGGGCUGGGAGACGAAACAAUCUGCAGAAGAUGCCACUGCGCCAGACACUGGGGGCAUUCAGACCGUGAUUGAAUGGGUAUCGGGGUUGAGAGCUCUUUUUGUCGGCAUUUUCUUUACCUUGUUCAUCGAGUGGUGGGCACAUGGUAUAUUGGACCGUCUCGGACUCCACGGCAAUCAUGGGCCACCCACGACCCUGAUUCCGGAAGAAGAAUAUCCCCCCGACGUGAGGGAGGUUUGGUUUGCAGGUGGACACUGCGAUGUCGGCGGGGGAAACGCACCGGAUGACAAGCCCUGGAAUGAGAUCGAUAAGCAGGACCCGAACGAACCAAGGUACUCACCUUCACUUGCAAACAUCCCUCUUCGAUGGAUGAUCCGCGAGUUCUAUGAGGCGGAUUUGAAAUAUAACCUCAACAUUCGCUGGCGAUCUAUCCGCCUGGCCCGCUAUGGCAUCUAUUUGCCUCCCAUCAUUUACACCAACAACGAUGAUAGUGACUUGAAUGUUGCCCUUGACGAUGACCCCGGGAACAGGAAUUUGAGGCGCACACAGAAUUCUGCCGAUGACCGGUCCUCUGCUCUUCCCAUAUCGGGGAGUACUCCUUCCCCUCCUGUUGGUGGGACUGCAGACUCCAGCAGGCUAGCACCAAGCGAAAUCGUAGUCAAACCAACGGAUGCUGAUAAAGAAAAGCUGAAGAAGCAUCCUCGACGGGCUACCUUCCUUCGAUCCAAGGAGUUUAGGUCCGGUGUCAAAUAUGACUUGGAUUUCUUCGACAGGGACUUGAAAGCUGAAUCUUACGACGAAUUGUGGAGGUGGGAUAACUUGAGCUUUGACACCAUCGCGGCAAUGUUGUUGUGGUGGACGCUUGAGUUGAUGCCCUUUAUGAGGCAUGUGCAAAACAAGCACACAUUCUUGUGGGAGUCCAAACUUCGAUUCAACAUUUUCCGGGCGCGCGAUAUUCAUCGAGGCGCAGUACCCGAACACACAGAUGCUUUGUCGAAACGCUGGCUGGAGUUUUUGACUAAUCGCUCGAAGCCGAGUUACCAUUGGUCUGUGCGUGAGCGUAUGAAGCACAAACCUGGCUACCGCCCUAGACCUUGGGGCUAUGACGAAAAGAUCGAUGAAACGUGGAUCAAAGUUUAUUAG